CUCUUAAAUGCAAUCAAGUAAGCGAGAGUCGUCAAAGGCUCACGAGUCAUUGAUGACGGACUGCGUUUUGACAUGGAGAUGGAGUUAAACCGUGCAUCUUACGAAAACAAAACCACCAAUGUCGAUCUCGCCCAAAAUUACGAUUCUUAUGAUGGAGUGGAAGACGAAAAAGAAAAUAGCUGGGGAAGUUUUGCUGACAGUAGUUUUGUCUUAGCUCUAUACGGUGUCAUCUGUGUGGUUGGUAUCGCUGGUAACCUACUGGUCUGUGUUGUGCUCCUCCGUGUGCCAUCCCAGAGGUCAAACACAAGCGAUUUCUUGGUGCAUCUCUCCAUUGUUGAUUUCCUAGUUUGCCUACUUGUCAUUCCCUCCAAGCUUGUACCGCCUUCGGAGACACCAGUUCCAAAUCCGGGGUUCUUUGGCGAGGUUUGGUGUAGGCUGUACGGGGGGCAGUACCUCUUCUACGUAUGUAUGUUGGUGUCUGUUUUAUGUCUGGUAACCGUCAACUUGGAGCGGUUCGUAGCCAUCGUCUACCCUCACAAGUACAAAGUGGUGUUCACCAGACGAAAUAAAAUCCUGAUUAUUGCCGUUUGUUGGUUUUGGGGGGCAGUCUCAAAGUUCUUUAUUUUGUUUCUGUUCGACGAAGACGUGGAGCAUGGGUGUGGAUUCAUGGGCUGGCCUAACCCAACAGUUCGGGCAGCCGUUGGAUUGUACACCUUUAUCAUCCAACUGCCUCUUCCUUUCACGCUGAUGAUCGUUGCGCAGUGGAAAGUUAUUUUGACGCUCAAGAAACAAGUGAGGAUGCUAGCUGGUCCAACAGGCUCUUCUACUCUCAACCCGGCCGAUCAGCAUAAGAUGUGGCAGCUCCGCACUACCCAGACGCUGAUCAAGACCCUCCUAACCUUCGUCAUCACCUUCGCCGUAUGCUGGACUCCAGUCCAGUUAGUUUUCCUCGUCUUCAACUUCGGUGUUUACGUGGACUUCUCGUCGCCAGUGUACCACGUCGGGAUCAUCUUGGCCGUGUGUAACUCCUGUGUCAAUCCGAUCAUCUACACCUUGACGAACCAGCGUUUCCGGAAGGGCAUACGAGAGGCUUUCUGUCCGAGGGGUAAAUCCACCCGUGUGGGUGACAGGAGCACGGAGAUUGUAUCUUUGUCAUUAAAUACUAAUAGAUAAGCACAUCGUUUGCUGUAGAUAUCACCAAGUAAACACUCCUUGCCAGAUGACACUUAACAGCCCACUGCAGACGUCUAUCACAGCACCACAGAGACAUGAUUAACGAAUUGGUAGCAGCGGUGGGAUAGAGUAGCAUUCGAUGGUACCGAGUAAUAAAUAUUAUACCCAUUUACUCAGGGUGGUAAAUGCACCUAGUUAUAAAUAUUACAUACACUAAGGGGUAAAUGCACUCAGCUAUAAAUGUUACACCCACUAUAAUACAACCAGUUGUAAAUAUUACACCUACUGUGGGCGUAAUGCACUUAGUUAUACAUCAGCAACUGAGGGAGUAAAACGCACCAAGUUAUGAAUAUUAUACCCAUGCACUGCGGUUGGUAAAUGCACCUAGUUAUAAAUUACACCCACUAAGGGGUAAAUGCACCUAGUUAUGAAUAUUAUACCCAUGCACUGCGGUUGGUAAAUGCACCUAGUUAUAAAUUACACCCACUAAGGGGUAAAUGCACCUAGUUAUGAAUAUUACACCGACUGUGUGAAUACAUGUAGGCCUUC